CCGCUGUCGCCGCCGCCGCCGGGCGCUGCGCCCUGCCCAGGUCCCCGCGCCGGGCACGGCGGAGCGAGGCGGCUGGGGCAGCACGGCCCCCCGAAGGCGCCCUGUCUCCGCGUCCCGAAAGCACGAGGUCAUUCUCUUAUUUCAGCAGUUGAGUGAAACUUCAGAACAGGGAAAGAGCGAUUUCAAGGCCAAGAAAGAAGAGAGAACUCUCAGCAAACAACAUUUCAAAGGGAGUACAUUGCCAGAAUUUUGAAUAUUUAUUUCGACAGACAUUUCUCCAAGUGCAGUACUUGGAAUCUGACUUUAUUUGAUGACUGAGGAUCUAUCCCCAGUCAUAUGCAAAUAACAAGACAUCCGUUGCCUCAAACGCUGGGCACAGUGCCCCCUGCACACAGCUCCUGACUUUGCUCAGAGACCUUCCUCCCAGUGUGAACUCGUUACAGGAUUCUGGCACAUCACACGAGAAGUCAUUUCAAAACACGGUGGUCUCUCUGCAGGAGGACACAGCGCUCUGUUCCCAUGUCGCCAGCAUUGAAGGACUGACUUAUUCCACCAGCUUGUGCCACUUACUGCUCCCGCCAUGGGACCCUCCGGGAGCAUGCUGAGCGAGGGACAAAUGCAGAUUGUCCUGUGGGGGAGUUUGGCGGCCGUUGCCACUUUCUUUCUCAUCGCCUUCCUCAUCUUUCUGUGCUCCAGCUGUGACAGAGAAAAGAAGCCGAGACAGCACAGCGGGGACCACGAGAACCUGAUGAACGUGCCUUCGGACAAGGAGAUGUUCAGCCGCUCAGUUACUAGCCUGGCCACGGACGCGCUCGCCAGCAGCGAACAGAACGGGGCUCUCACCAAUGGUGACAUUCUUUCAGAAGACAGUACUUUGACCUGCAUGCAACAUUACGAGGAAGUCCAGACCUCGGCUUCGGAUCUCUUGGACUCCCAGGACAGCACAGGCAAACCAAAAUGUCAUCAGAGCCGGGAACUGCCCAGAAUUCCUCCGGAUAGCGCGGUGGACACGAUGCUCAAUGAGAGAGGUGUGGACGGGGACCAGGCUCUCGGGAUGGAAGGACCGUAUGAAGUGCUCAAGGAUAGUUCCUCCCAAGAAAACAUGGUGGAGGACUGUUUGUAUGAAACGGUGAAAGAAAUUAAGGAGGUGGCCGCCGCCGCAAACCCGGGUAAAGGCCACAGCAACAGGUCCAAGUCAACUUCCGCUUUGAAAGAGCUUCCAGGGCCCCAGAUCGAUGGCAAAGCGGACUUUGCUGAAUACGCCUCGGUGGACAGAAACAAGAAGUGUCGACAGAGUGUGAAUGCAGAGAGUAUUCUUGGAAAUGCAUGUGAUCCAGAAGAGGAGGCCCCACCGCCUGUACCUGUCAAACUCCUGGAUGAAAAUGAAAACCUUCAGAAGGAAGAGAGAAAGGCAGGAGAAGAAAGAGCCAUGGACGGGACCAGUGAAACCAGCAAGAGAUUUAGCUGCUUGUCGUACAAGUCCCGGGAAGAAGACCCCACUCUCACAGAAGAAGAGAUCUCGGCUAUGUAUUCAUCAGUAAAUAAACCUGGACAGUCAGGGAAUAAAUCAGGACAGUUGCUUAAAGCGCCAGAGUCCACGUACACCUCCAUCCAAGGAGCUGCUCAGAGGUCGCCCUCUUCCUGCAAUGAUCUCUAUGCUACUGUGAAAGACUUUGAGAAAACUCCCAACAGCAUCAGUACGCUUCCACCGGCGGGGAGACCCGGCGAGGAGCCUGAACCUGACUACGAAGCAAUACAGACUCUAAACAGAGAAGAGGAAAAGGCCAACCUGGAGCCCAAUGGCCACCCUGGUCGUUUCCCAAAGGAGAAUGACUACGAGAGCAUUGGCGACCUACAGCAGGGCAGAGAUAUCACCAGGCUCUAGGAACGCAGAAGACAGCCCCAGAUAUCACAUGACCAGCCCGUUGGGGACAUUUCUUCUGUGGAAGCUAAGAAGCGACAUCAGCCUACACUUUAUAUGCUGCUUUAGUAAACUGAAGACAACUGAACUGAAGAUUUGGUGACUGUUUCCCAGCUUCAGAAACACUGCGGUACACACCUGCCUGCACGCAAGUGUUGCCCCUGCCUGGUGGGGGCACUGGCACACCCAAGCACAUCUCCCUCGUGCACCCCGCCCUCUGGAAAGCUCCCAGCUGUCAGUGGGUUCGUCCUGUUGGUGAGGAAAGCCAAGAUGUAAGGAAGAGAUCUACUCAUCAAGAACCACACCUCCACCUGCCUAAAAUACUGCCAUUCCGAAGAGCCAGGAUUUUCUUCCUUUCUUCCCUUUCUGCUACUAAUGUUAAUAGGUAUGGCUUUUUUCCCUUUGAAAUCUUCCAGUUCCUAAUGGUUCAUUCCAAGGAAAUUCUCCCAUAAGGCUUGGUCAUUGCUGUCGACGUAGGUGUUUCAAGACGGUAAGAAACUGUGGUUGCUGGUUCCCGUCAGCUCGCCAGUCCUCUUCAAGGAGCUGCAACCAGGCAUCGGAACCCUGGAUAGGAUUGGGGACGGCCCUUGAGUUUCUUAGGUCUUCAGUCCUUCUGAUUUUGGCACUCCACGUCAGCAGCCUCUCCCAAAGGACUUGAAGUCAUUUCUAGAUGUUUUGUUUUAUUUUUCUAGCCAAAAAGGUUUUUUUUCCCCAGUAUUUGAAACUCUUCAGAGCCUUUUCAGUAUUUUCAAUGAGUAUUGUGGUACUUCUAUGCUUGUUUUAACCCAGAGCUCAUUCCUCCGAAACAGAGAGCCUUAAUCUCUGUGUUGGCACACAGACCACACAUUUGGAUGGCAGCCAUCACGUCCAUCUCUGAAGGGCUGUGGACUUGAAUGUGUGUUUCUGAUCAUCUCUGCUGCCACACCAACAGUGUGGGAUUUCGUAAGUGAACUGCCACCCUAAGGUAAUCUAUCUACAAUUAAAAUAUAAACAUUUAUUUUUGUUAUAUAAAUUUAUAAGAUGUUUUAUGUUUAAGACCUAAUUUCUAGAAAGUGCCGGAAAAAAUGUAUAUUAACUAUUUUGAUUUUAUGUACAAUGAUUUAUACUCUCAUUUUGAAAAGACACCAUAAAGCACAUAAAGUAGAUAUUUACAAGUAGUUGUUAAUUUUUUUUCUAACCAAGUGUUUAAAACAUUGAAGGUUUUUAAAGACUCAACUUUUCAAAUGGUACUUGGAGCUCCCGGUCAAAAUCAUCUGGCUCACUGGAGAAAUAAGUAGAAUAACCAGAAAUGAUCAUUUUCAGUGGUUUGUGGUGGGCGAUAUUAAAAUAUUUGAAAUGGUCAAAAUGGAAAGAAGAACAAAAUAUGACUAGGGCUGACUGAAUUAUUAACCUCAUGAAAGUAUUAUAAUUCCAUUAAGGUUUAGUCACAUUUUAAAGAAAACAGUGAUGAAUUCUGAAAUCCAGUGCUUGCAAAUGCAAAUUGCCUAUUGAGAUUUUUUUUUCCUCCAUUUUACAAAAAUCAGUGGCUGAAAUAACUCUGAUUAAGAGCUCAGCCUGGUCUGAAUUUAAUCAUCUCUUUAGAUCUUAUAAAGCCAACAUUGGGAAACCUGUUCACUUUUCAUUUUAAAGGGAACCUGGCUGAAGUGCUAUUAUAUGGUGUAGGCUACAGAAAGGGAGCUUGUCCUACACUGAUAAAGGAAAAUAAGAGGCAAUUAUUCCAUACCACUGUGACAUCUGUGACUUUUCAGAUUGAAUAAUCUUGCUGUUUUCACUCGUUAUGACUAAGAAUGCAGUCGGCAGAAUGAAGCCUCCUGAAAUUUGUAGGGACCAGCUCAAUGGCAUGUUUUUUCCAUCCCUUGCGUUCAGAGUUCAGUGUUGUGACUGCUCUGUGACAUGUUUCUGAAAUUGUAAGGUGAGCUGUGUUGGGUCAAAGUGGUUGGCCGCCAUUAUUUUUCAAUCAGCCUGGUGUCUCCCAUGAAGGCUUCAAGUUGAACAAGUUGAACACACUUAGAAAGCACAACAUCAUUGAUUAGAAUACCCUUGAAUUAGGGAGAAGUUUAUCAGGAAAAUGGGAGGCCCUCGCUCUCUGAAUUCACAUCCUUCAUAAGCGCCAUUUUGCCUGGUGAUUUCAUUGCUGACUGUUAAUGAAUUUGACGUCAUGGGAUUCCUCUAGUACAUGGUGAUAGCCAUGUCACGUUGCACACCUGGCGUUCUGCGUACUGCGGUAACGUCCUCUAUGGGCACCUGCCUACUCAGAAGUUUUAUUCUAUUUCUUUUAAUGUCUUACUUAUUGCCAGGGAAGUGAGUAUGAUCUCUGAAGUCUAAAACCAUUUCUAGAGAGAGAAGCUCCUUAUAAAUAGUUGUAUCAUCUUGAAAUUUCAUUAUCAGAAUUUCCCCCAGAAGUUUUGAAAUAAAGGCUGUGCAAUAUAGCCAUAAAAUAUGCACUGAAAUAGCUCUCUUGAUUUGAGAACCCAUGCUAAGAAUAAGUUGUGCUAUAAAGUGUUAUUAGUGUACUUUAAAAGGAACCGUAAGGCCCUCCAGGACAAAUCCUGAAAGAGUAAGUGAUAGCAUGGUCCAGGAGGGCUGGGGCAAGAGAGUCGGGGUGAACUCCAGGAGGCGGCUCUGCUCCUUAGACCAUCGGGUACUUUACUCAAAUGUGUUUGCUGAUGUAUCGUCACUGUUUUGACCUCAUCAUACAGCAUUUCAUAAAUGUCAUCGCAUGUACUUCGUUCUUUGAAAAUCUGUGCUGGAAUCUUUGAGUUGGACAAAACCCUAUGGCUUCUUUUAAAAAGUUUCAUCUUGAGCUAAAUGCUACACAGUUUAAAUGUAUGAAAGAUAAUUAUCAGAAAAAAGAAUUUACUGUAUCUUUAAAAUUCAACUUUGACAUCCAUAUCAUGAUUCAAUUAUAAUAACCUAGAUUAUGUGAAAUGAUACAAAAAGGUAAAGUUCUAAGAAAACUUUUUUGUCUUAUAAAUCAGAAUUCUAAACAUCUUGCCUAAAAGUAGGAUCUUUGUUUUUAUUCAGAUGUUUUGAAAGUUUAGAAAAGUUUUUUAUCCUACUUGUAUUAUUUCUCAAAUAUAGUCAGCAGGAAAGUAUAACCUGUUUUAUAUGAAAUGUUUGAGGAAAUUUUAAAUUCUAGAAGAAAGUUAUUUAUGCAAAUAUGUUGGCCACGUAUAUUUUUUUCCUGUCCUGCACUGAAUUACAUCAAGUCUAUUAAAGCUUUUAAAAGUACCACUCUCCUUUGUGGGAAAAAAUCCCAUUACUGAUUUAUCUGCCCUCAAAAUCUAAAAGUUAAUUCUAAUUGAGUGCUAAAUUAGCAAUAGGUAGUCAACACAAAGAACUAAAAUCUAACCUCAGUGUGUCACUGUAUCUAUUUCUCAUAUUUGAUUUUCAUUUUUCUAAUUAGAGCAUUUACUUACUUUAACCAGUAACAAACUAUAUAUAUAAUAUUAUAUAUAUGAGAUCUAUAUAUAAUAUUAUGUAUAUGUGUGAUAUAUAUACACAUACAUAUGUACAUGUGGAUAUCUAUAAAGUUGUUCUGGUGCUUAAUUAAUGAGGAUCCAUCCUAUUACGUAUUUUGAAUGUUUAUCCUACUGGUGUGAUGACUAUUUUCAUAAAAGCAGAGUAGAAGCAACAGUUCUCCAAUAGUUUUCAUUUGGUAAUUGCAGGAAAACCUUCUUAAGUUGCCCUCAUUUAAUUUUUCUAAUUAAUACAUUCAUACUUUUAAAUUAUGUCCAUAAUUUUCUUAGCUGAAAAAGAGUGGUAUUUUAAAAUAGUUUUCUUAUCCAUGUGGCUCACUGCGUCUUCAACCUGACAGGGGAAAAGGUACCCAGGUGUCCUUCUCAGAUAGGUGUUCGAGAAGAGAUUUGUCCAAAAGCUCAAGAGCCACGUGAGCCAAGAUGGAGCCACAGCAAGGUGACCCCCACCAGGCAGCAGAAGCAGAGGCCCAGUGUCACGUGGUGGCAUUUUAUUUCACUCUCUUUGGGAACCGCGAGGUUUUCCCACAGACUCGACAGGCAGUGGAGUAGUGUGAUGUGCAAACCAGCGGCUCUGAGAUGAUGACAUGGCUGUAGUCAGAAAGCUUCCGUUCAAGACUGAAGUAGGAUGUUGUAAAUGAGCGAUGGCAUUUUCUUCAGUGCUCCUUGUGAUGGUUUCUCUGAGUCCGUGUGAUCUGAGGAUGCCAUUCUUCUGAAAGUAUUGAUUCUGGUACCCGGCCAACCCAGCUUUGGCAGCUAGAAGCACAGUAGGUACUGAUGGCUAUUUCCUGGAAAUCUUGACAGGCUUAUUGUACUGUGUAAUUGGGAAAGUUCAAGUGUAGUGUUGGUAUUAAUAAGUAACUGCUGUGAAAAAUAGGAACAUGUGUCUAAGAAUAUCAAAUAUGGCUUUUUUUGCAGUGAAUUCUAAAUUUCUUGUCCUUCUAGUAGUAGUUUUUUGCUCUGCGUUGCACCCUUUCUUAAAUACAUUAUUCUUGACAGCGGCAUUAGAUAAGUCGAACACACUUAGAAAGUGUUUGACUUAAAGAGAUUAGUCCAGAAACCAUGAUGAAUUAGAGUCUUCGUCCGGAAUUACCAAAGUAAAUUUAAAAAAUUGUGGUCGGGAAGAGAACAAAUAUUCAUAAGUGGGUUUUGUUUUUCCUACUGCUCAUUUUGAAGUCUGUCUUUACAUCCACUCUCUAAUAUUUACAAAGUAAUUCAUUGUUUUUCCAGGUUCUUAUUUUAUUUAAGAAAUAGUAGUUCAUAUUCCUCUUAAUGUCAGAUGAAACGAGAAAUACAAUUUUUGUUGUGAAGGCAGUUUUUUUAAAGCAUUCAAUUUGGUAAUCAUUUAUCUUAAUACAGUUAGAUUAGAUUUUUCUUUGCUCCCCAUUUAUAUACUAUGGAUUUUUUUUUAAAUGUCUUCUGCUUGGUUUUUAUCUCAGUCACCUUGCAUAAUGGAUUAUAAAGGCUGGUAAUUGUCAUUCCUCAGAUGCCUGUAUGUUAAAUUAACAACAGUAAAAUGUUUUCAUGUUGUUACCUUUCAAAUAGUUGUGUUGUAUUAACAUGCCUCAUGUUUUCAGGGGAAACAUGAAAAUAGGUAAACAGAUAGGAAUUUGCAUUUCAUUGUUCAUGCAUUUUUUCCCUCAUAAAAAUAGUUUCCAAAAAAAAGUGACGUGUUGUCUGUUAGGCGAUCCUGAUCAGUCUCAGGAUACUUAACUCGAAAAUACUCAAAAACACUCAAAAAUAAUUCAUGACGCUUAGCAGCAUUUUCACUCAUCCCCAAAGGUCUUUGUAAUGGUCAAAAUGUUCAAGUCACAAAAGAGAGAGAAAGUUGGUUUUCAAUAUUGGGAAUUUUUAAAGUUUAAGUCCAAAAAUAUCUCUUACUGGCUUCAACAUCUUAGAGUUUUUCGCCUCCCUGACUCUCGUCCUUUAAAGGAGUGAGUCUAAAGAAUGGGGACAUGAGGCCACUAUUUCUUCCAGCCCUGCUUUCGCUCCUCCUGCGCAGAUGCCCCUGUGUCGCUUUGCAGAGCACCACCGCAAGCCUCUCCCGCACCCAGCUCUGCUGUUUCUGCUUUCCGCAGCACGUCCCACCACGUCUUUCUCAAUCCCAUCACAAUCCUCAGCGGCACAGACGCCGCAGAGAACUGCUCCCCACCACGCGAGGUGAGCCGGCAGUGCUCCCCGCUCGCACUUGCCUGCGUCACGGGCCACGGAGAGAAGGCCACAGACCCACCUGGGGAAGCAGAUGCUGAGUGUUGUCUGUCACGAGCUCUGCUAAAACACUUUUGCCCAGAUCUUUCAUGAGAAUGGUUGGCACCAAAGGGCCGUGGCAAAGAACCUCUUGUUGAGGACCCAAACUCCCAAAUGCAGAAAAAUUAGCCCCAUGCUCUGAUGGGGUGAGCUCACUGUCCCCCACAAGGUACUGAGAAGGCCUUGCAUCUCCUCAAGUUCCAGCAAAGCUAAAUCCUUGGAAUGGCAGACCACUAGUUACCUGUAGAGUAGGAGGACACUGAUUGUUUUGAGGGGAAAAAACCCUUUCUUGUAAGAAUUCAUCAUUCAUAAGGUAAAUUGAAUGGAACCUUUUUCAGCCAUGCAGCUAUGAUAGCCUCUCCCCCCGGAAAAUGAUGCUUAUGAAUGAUGUCUGUGACAACUGGGUUGACCUACUGUCCCAGGUCUCAAGGAAACCAGAGAGUUCACGUAUCUAACCGUGGAGGUACCAGAUAUUGAGGAUAACUUGGCCAUUUACAGGCCAACUGUCUCAUAUUCGGAAUGAGAAACCAAGGGCCUUUUAGGUCCCCACACAGGGGAGUGGGGAUCGGUGGCUGCAGGUCUGCCUUUCUAAGCACCUGAGGACCCAGGAUGUGUUUCCUUUUGAUUUUUUAAACUUUCCUCUUAGUCAUCAUAGUUAAUUAUCUGAAUGGAUAUUCAGGGGUGUAAUUUUUUUUUUCCAAAUUAACAGAACAGAUAUCAGCUCGUUUUCUUUUAAACAUUAAAUGUAUAAAGUCCACCUCGUACACCAGUUAGACAUCCUUAAGGGGACAGUUAAGGCUAACAGGCCAGUCUCGGCCCCUGGAGAUGGCAGUUCGGAACCAUCUUCUUAUAAUGUCUGGUUUGGUUUUGUUUGUUUUUUAGCUCAGCAAGUUGGAAACCAUGAGUUUAAAACAAACUCUUUCCUUUUCCUUUUUAAAGCUUGAGAAGAAAUUUUUUUUAACUUUAGCUCCCCAUUCAGGCAGCAGAGGCUUCCCCGAGCGACAGCAGUGCCCUUCCCUGGCCGGAGACGAAAACUAAAAGCCUGUGAGCCUGUAAAGGAUUUUGAGCAUUCCUUUCAGUUUUUAUAUAUUUUUAAUGUAAAACCCAUAAAUGAACUUGACGUGAUAUUCAUGACCCAUUGCAGAAAUUCGCUUGCUCUUUUUGCAUUUAUGUGUUGAAUAAAGGCUUCUCUUGUUUGUCCCGGAGCCCCAGUAGAAGCUUAAUUCCUCUGGGCUGCUGCGUGAGCGCCCGCGGAUGUCCUGGAAAAUGGCAGCACCGUUAGCUGAGUUGGUCCCUUAGGGAGACGUGUGCUAAAGACGUGUGCGAAAAAUGUCAGGAAAGCUGAAUUUUAUGUUCAAGCCAACAAGCGUUUGAGAGGGUCUUGUAUGCCUCCGAUUUUGACAUUUUUUCUUUUUUCCUGAGUACCAACUCUGUGUUUGAUUCCUGGGGUGGCAGGGGUGGGGGGGUGGGGGGAGCAGGGAUUAGCAGUAAAAUUUGAACUAAGUGACAUGGGCCAGACUCCUUGCCCCCGACUGUCUCCAGAAAAUGUAUUUCCUGACUCGCUGUCUACCACUCUGAGUCUCUUAGGGAGCAAACAGUAAAUGUGUAUAAAUGAGACAGAGUAUCUCAAAGAUUUAAAUUCUUGUUUAGAUAUUUUCUCCUUUGUAAACUCAGGAACAAAUCCGGUUUGUGGAUAGCAUAAUAUGGCUAGUAAUGCUGUCAUCUGUAGGUGACUAGGUGCAUCCUUUCAAAUAUAUUUUGUUUAAAGACUAACUUUGUUUUAACCGAGAAAAGAAACUCCUCGAUAAAAAAAAAAAAAGCUAACAAAAGACUUCCAUAAUCUCUUUCUAGAAGAGUUGUGGCAUCAGUCUAACAUCCACCCCACAGCGUUUGUUUCUUGCCUAUCAGUAUUUCAACAAUUUUUAUGAGAGAAAAAAUUGCACAUUUUUUGUUUCUUGGAAAAGUGAAUUGAGCUGUUGAAUUAAAUUCUCAGAGGGGACAAUUUAGUCAAAGAAGCAUUGGUUUGGGAGAUGAGAGCUCACGGCUCUGUGGUCCCUGUUCCAGCACUGACUUUACUGUGUGACCCUGAGCAAAUGAUUUAACUUCUUUGUGCCUCAGUUUCUCCAUAGACAAAAUGGGGAUAAUGAUACCAACCAUUGCCUACCUCAUUGGGAUGUGAUGGGGACAAAUGAGAUAAGACAGGUAAAUACAAAUGCUUUGAACCCUGGGAGGAAGGUGCUAUAUAAAUUUAAGUCAUAUUGUCUUUAAUGAUCCAAUUAUUGUGUUUAAGGUUUAAAUAAUGGCAAUACUGUUAGUCAUGUUAAGAAUAAGUUUCAAUUUGACGCAUAUUUGUAAUUCUCUUCUGUGGCCAGAUCUUGAUCGUUCAUCCAGUAAUCGUACCUGAGGAAGUGAAAUGGAUAUGUUUUCUGUGUGUUUCUGCCCAUAGUAUUUCUAUUGUGGAUGUUCCCAAAAAGCUGGACUUUCAUUUGUAAUAUCUUAUAGUUUACAUGUAUGAACCUUAUUCAAGCUGUAUAUAAAAGUAUAAUCACGUGUAAAUAGCAGGUACAUUGUAAUUAAAGGCACUUAUCAAAUUGUC